ACUGUCAUCUCACCUAUAAUCUUUGAGAUUUUUUUUUCGGAAGGUGUGAGUGAACCAUGCAACAACCAGAUGCGCUCUCGGUCCCGCAGGCGCGCGACGUUAACCUCGACUCUCGGAAAGAUAUAUGCGAUGCUAUUGAGCGAUGUCGGGAUGCUAUUCGCGUUUUCCAAGGCCAUUUGAACGCUUUGGUCCCAGUGUCCAAGCUGCCUCCGGAGAUACUGGCAGACAUCUUCUGGCAACUUGUCAAGGAUCAUUGGGUCUUCGACAGGUGGAUGAUACGAGGAUACAUGCUUUCUACAGGACCUGGCUAUGAUCGUCCUUACCGGUGGUUACGUGUCACUCAUGUGUGCCGACAUUGGCGGAAUAUCGCUCUCACUACUCCAAGCCUCUGGACUCGGAUUGCACUGUACAACCAUGAGUGUGCCCUUACCUUUCUGCAUCGGUCAAAAAAUGCACCUAUCACUCUGUGUAUACGAGCUUCAAUAUAUGAUGGGAAGGAAAAUAGGUGUCAGGUUACUUGGAUGUUCAAAGAUGCAUUUGAACAUGUACGUCGGUUCAAGGAGAUUAUGAUCGAAUGGUCCGAGGGAGUUGAAGAGAGCCUAAUAGAAGCCGGGCCUGUGAAAGGGCUACCUCUAGAAAGGAUCACACUGCACAAUGACUCGCGGGAUUCCUACACUGGGUUGCCAACGCUACCGCCAUUCCUAGGAGAAGAUCUUCCGUCUCUGCGAAUCCUCGAAGCAUACAACUACCCAUCCACAGUCAUUACACCCUUACUACGGCCCACUCUCACCUAUUUAUCCCUCAUUCAGAACCAAUGGAGAAAUGAGGGAUUACCAUGUUUCACUGUACUCGAGCUUGCGCUCACAUUGAGUAGCAUGCCUAUGCUCAAAUAUCUGAAGAUUAAUGGUGUCCUUUGUGAUGAUCAGGAACCAUCUACCAUGCCAAACCCCUCAGAUUCAAUGAUAAAUCUUCCCAACCUCCACACCCUCAUUGUUCUAAGCUCCUCCGUUGACAGCAUAAAUCUCCUCUUCCUGCGCCUGUAUCUUCCCCAAGAUGUCAUUCUUGUUCGCCUACAAUUAUCAGUUCCAUCGACACGAGAAAAACAAGAUAUGAUGUUCUCUUCUCUUUCUCGACUUAUUCAAAGAAGAAGUUCAAAGUGGCACUCCAAUCCAUGUUAUACUACGUCGCUCAACAUGGAUGAUCCGUUCGCCCGGGCCAUCACUGUCUCUUUAUGGGAUAGAAGACUUCCUCCUUACGCUUCAGAUUCAUUGCGCCCAUGCACAUUUGGCACCGGUUUCCCUGAACCGUGGUUCUCCAUGAAGUUAUCUGACACCGAGAACAUUGAGUACGACGAGCAGAAUGCAAUGGAAUACCUGCUGAGCCUCCUUCUGCCUUCGACCAUUAGGGUCUUGGAUAUGUCCCAUUGGCCUAUGAUCCCCGAAUCAAGAACAGUUAUGGAGAAUAGGCUUCCCUGCUCAACACAAGUGAAGCGGCUUCGUAUUCAAGGACAGACGUUUCCGUCAGUCGAUACCCUUUACCUUCAGUAUCCCGCACGAUUCGCCCUCGGUGCGAACCUGGGACUGAGCGAUGACUCUUCAGAAGAGUUUCUUUUCCCUAAAGUGAAGAAACUUGUAGUUCAAUCUGUUCGGUUCUUGGAGAACUCUGCCACGAAGACCGGAGAAAACCAAUCUAGCCAUCAUAUGCUGAUGCUAAGAUAUCGUGGCGCACGCACGGACUGGGGGUCUGACGAAAUGGCUUCUGGAGAAGCAUUCUACGCCGCCUUGCUCUCACGCAAACAUCGUGGUGUACCUCUUGAAGAAUUGGUACUCAGCAAUGUUCGUGGGUUUUCGGAAGACCUGCAAAGACAGCUGGAGAGUGUGGUGGGGAAGUUGUGGGUGGAACAAACACCUGAAGAACCUGCACCUUCGUGGGAGAGCAUGAGUGAUGAUUAAUGAAUCUAUUUGGACCUGUUCAUUUCUUUCAGUUCUCUCGACCGUCUCGCGUGCUUGUGGUGUCUAAGAGAAGUUAGAGAGGAAUACUGCAGAGGUAGCAGGUCAUGCCGUUUGUCGACACUACAUACUUCUAAAAAGUAAUCCAUGAUGCGUUCAC